UAAAUUUUACCUGGAGCUGUAGCAAGGUUGGUGUGGAAGGGGCACUGUCUUCAUGUGUUACUUCUUCAAAUCUUCCUCUUUUCUGGCACUAAUCGUGCAUGGCGGCUUAUCCUAACUCUGUCCUGAAGUGAGGUGGGAAAUCUGUCCAAUAAACCAGCAUCAGUAAGACAGACAAGGUCUACAGGCCAUAAGGAAUCCACCAUGAAUGGGCAGCUGGACUUAAGUGGGAAGCUGAUCAUCAAAGCUCAGCUUGGGGAAGAUAUUAGGAGAAUCCCUAUUCAUAAUGAAGAUAUCACCUAUGAUGAAUUGGUGCUAAUGAUGCAAAGAGUCUUUAGAGGAAAACUUCUGAGCAAUGAUGAAGUCACAAUAAAAUAUAAAGAUGAAGAUGGAGAUCUUAUAACAAUUUUUGAUAGCUCGGAUCUUUCCUUUGCAAUUCAGUGCAGUAGGAUACUUAAGCUGACAUUGUUUGUGAAUGGACAACCAAGACCGCUAGAAUCUAAUCAGGUGAAAUACCUGCGUCGAGAGCUGAUAGAACUUCGCAAUAAAGUCAAUCGUUUACUGGACUGUUUAGAACCACCAGCUGAACCAGGGCUUUCCACUAAUCUUCCUGAAAGUGAUGGUGUAGAUGGUAGGGAGGAAAAGCCUGCUGCUGCUGACUCUAAUGUUAAGCAAUCCACUCAAGUUAUAGCAGCAAGCAUGUCUGCCUUUGAUCCGCUGAAGAACCAGGAUGAAAUCAGCAAGAAUGUCAUGUCAGCAUUUGGAUUGACAGAUGAUCAGGUGUCAGGACCACCCAGUGCCCCUGCGGAAGAGCGAUCGGGAACACCGGACAGCAUCGCUUCCUCUGCUUCUGCAGCCCACCCCCCUGGUGUCCAGGCACAGCAGCCGCCCUACCCUGGAACGCAGCCACAGACUGGUCAGGUGGAAGGUCAGAUGUAUCAACAGUACCAACAGCCUGGUUAUCCCGCAGCACAAGCACAGCAGCAGUACGGCGUGCAGUACCCAGCAGGCUACAGCCAGCAGCAGCCCCCCUCGCAGCAAGCCCAGCAGUUCCCGGCCUACAGCCAGCCGGCGGCCCCUGCCCCAGCCGCCGCCUUCCCUGGGCAGCAGCCACAGUACCCGGCGGGCAGUUUCCCCCCGCAGCCCUACACCACGCAGCCCUCGCAGGCUGGGCCCUACAGCGGCCCCCCUGGCUCCCAGGCGGCCCCUGGCACCUUCCAGCCGCGGCCGGGCUUCACCCCCCCGCCCGGUAGCACCAUCACCCCCCCGCCCAGUGGGACCAACCCCUAUGUCCGCAGCCGCCCACCCUUCGGUGCCCAGGGCUACACCCAGCCGGGACCUGGCUACCGGUAAGGAGCGGCCACGGGCACCUGCUGUCGGUCCUGCCCCCACAGACUCGGGGAUUUUGAACCAAUGAGGCAAAACCAGGGAGCUGGGGGUUAAAUUCUGCGGGGGGGGGGAGGGCAACCACCAACUGAAUCUUUCCUGCUUUAAGUGGUAUUGGCUUCCUAGGUGAAUCUGUGGCUGGGUUGUUUUGGGGGGAACGCUACCUAAAUGUCUGUAAAGUGAUUGAUUGACAUGCUAGCUUGCUGUGGGGGAAGAGUAUGAAGAUCCUAGGUGGAAGUUUAGCCCACUUCUCAGGCUUGUUUUUACUAAUACCAUGAUGUACUAAAUUAGAUUCAUUCUGGAGGUAAAACUAGAUAUGAUAUAUUAUAAAUUGUAAUGCUCACCUGGACAACUAAUAAAAACCCAGAAUCUAUUCAAUGCCUGAUCUUGUUUUU